AUGGGAUAGUCAACGAGUUCAUGAAGUUUGGGGGGAAGGGGAUGAUCCAGCUUAUGGACUGCUGUACAACUUGGGUGUGGAAAAACGAGUAUACGCCAAGUAGAUGGAGGGAAGGAGUGGUUGUGAACUUGUUUAAGAAAGGAGACAAGACUGACCCAGGAAACUACAGGGGGAUCACACUGUUGAACACAGUAGGAAAAGUGUUCUGUAAGCUGCUGAACGAUAGGAUAGUGGGAGUAUUGGAGAAGGAACUAUUGGAGAAGGAACGUAGCAUCAGUGAGGGCCAGGCAGGUUUCCGACAGAAGAGGGGUUGCGUAGACCACGUAUUCACGGUAGGGAGAAUCUUCCAAGGUAGAAAGAGGGCGGGAAAGCCGACGUACUGCUUCUUCCUGGACGUGAAAAAGGCAUACGACACCGUAUGGAGAAAUGGGUUGUGGAAACAACUGUCCAAAUACGGGAUCAAGGGGAAAAUGUGGAGAGUGCUGAAGAAGAUGACAGAGUGUACGAAAAGCGCGGUCAUGCUAGACGGAGAACUGUCUAAAUUCUUCGAAAUUUAGCAGAGGGUCCCACAAGGUUGCACGCUGUCCCCAGCAUUGUUCCAGGUGUUCAACGAUCUGUUAGAAGACGAAGAGGC